UGCUCUAAUUAACAAUAAAGAAAUUGAAAACACACCUGCACUCGCGGCUCUUCUCUCACUCUCUGCUUCCUUCCCAAUCCCCUUUUGUUGACCCAUCUCCCCAAAAGAGUCGUCUGACCUUCUUGUCCUUUGUGCUUCUAGACGAACUUCUUACCCAAGAAAAAUAAAACCAAUUUUUAAUUAAUUAGUUAAUUAAUUUAAUAAUAAAAAAGUCAAGAAACCAGAAACGAGACUUUUCUUUCUAGACCUUUCUUUUCUGGUUCCUUCUCCCUUUUUAAUGGACUCCACGCUCUUCAACGGCUGUACUGCUCUCUCUCCUUUGUCCAUUUCCAUCUUCAUUUUGGGAAUUUUCUCUGCACUGUUCUUCCUCCUUCUUGGGGUUUCUGUUCAUUUCUUCAUUUGAGCCUCUGCAGUUGUCGAAGGAAAGAAGCUGUGAUUUUGAUUUUGCGUGGGUAUCGGAUCUGUUUUUCGGAUCAAAUCAGAAGAUGCCUCCGUUUGCUGGGUCUUUGGCUCCUCCUUCAAAUGGGUUUCCCAAAACCAAAUCGGAUUCCAACAUUGUCACCAUUGAUGUGGGCGGUCAGCUCUUCCAGACCACGAAGCAAACCCUAGCCCUCGCCGGCCCUAAAUCCCUCCUUUCUAGGGUUUCCGAUUCGCUUUCCUCUGAAUUCGAUCUCCCCUUCAUUGACAGAGACCCCGAGCUGUUCUCCGUCCUCCUUUCUCUUCUCAGAACUGGCAAUCUUCCGUCCAAAGCCAAGGCUUUCGAUCUCCAGGACCUCUUCUCCGAAGCUCGCUUCUACGGACUUGAACACCUCCUCGUCUCCUCCCAAUCGAACCCCUCUCAAUUCGAGGCGUUCAAUCUCGAGAAGUCGUCGGUUUUGCCGUUGAGCGGACGAGACACGCCCUCGGCACUCUCCACGACGCCCUUUGGAUCCAUCCACGUCGCGCACGGCAGCAAAAUCACGUCCUUCGAUUGGUCACUGCGGCGGAAAACCACGAUUUUGACCCAAUUCACGGCCGUCGAUUCUCUUCUCUCCAUAUCCCCGGCGGUAGCCGCUGCCGGCGCCACCGACUUCUCCGGUCUGCAAAUUGUUGAUCUUGAUAAGGGCUUUGUCAGGGAGACUUUGAGCUGGGAGAACGCGACUCGGUCUAGUUCGACUGUUCAGGCAAUUGGGUCGUCCCCAGAAUUUUUGUUCACCAGUUUUGAGUCAGGUCGGAGGAACUCCAAUUCGAUCGUGGUUUAUGAUCUGCAGGGGAGCUUACGCCCAGUUACAGAGCUUGGUCGCUAUGAAAUCUAUGGUGCUGAUUUGGGUUCUGCGAUCCCAGCAACAAAAUUGAGCUGGGUUUCCAGUUACAACUUGUUAAUGGCUUCUGGGUCUCAUUCUGGCCCUUCUGGGGUUUUUGGCACCCUUAAAUUGUGGGACAUAAGGUCUGGGAAUGUGGUUUGGGAACUAAAGGAGAAGACUGACUGCUUCUCUGAUGUCACAGUUUCUGAUAAUUUGUCUGCAAUUUUCAAGAUUGGUGUGAACUCUGGAGAGGUGUUCUAUGCUGAUUUGAGGAACCUUGGUACUGACAAUGAGAACCCAUGGGUUUGUCUUGGGGAUGUUAGAAAAGUGGGUAAGGGGAAGAAGGAAGGUGUUGGAUGUAAAAUUGAGAGCCAUGGGACUCAGGUGUUCUGCAGUAAAGGAGGUGAUUUGGAGUUGUGGUCUGAGGUUGCCUUGGGUUCGUUUAGGAGCAAUGAAGAUGGGUUGGAGGAUAGGGUCUUUAGGAAGAACUCAAUGGGAAGAGUGAAGGAUAUGGGAGGAUGCAAUGUGACCCAGCUGAGAUUUGGAGGGAACAAAAUGUUCGUGACAAGGAAGGAUCAGCAAUGUGUUGAGGUUUGGCAGAGUUCUGUAAGGGGUUGUGAACUUUGAAAGCUCAGUUGGAUAUGUUGGUCGUAAGAUUAUUACUGAUUUUGAUCAAAGCAUGGCUUCUACCCCCAGCUCUGCUAUUAGUGUGACUUGCGGGUGCUCAAAAUCAACUAUUCUUUGUAAAUUAAUGAGUUUUAGCUUGAUUCAUAUGUAGAUGAUGUUAUUUUCUAUCAAUAUUGUAAUUGUUUAUUAUUGUGAGUAGUUAUUCUGAUAUUGACUGAAUCAAUUUUUUCAAA